UCCGGAGGUAGUUGUCAAUCCAAAGGUUGACAAAUACCUCCCUGUAACAUACCUUACAUCUGAAGGCCAAUCAUUUAAUUAUUUAUUUAAAAAUAAAUAAAAAGUUACGAAACAUUUUCACCUCCGUACAAACGGGUACAAACUUAGUACAAACGAUAAAAUUAGUUCAUUGUGGGGAAAGCAAUCAUCUGUUGGCGAUCGACAUACGAAUUGCAAAUGGUGAUUGGACAGAGUGGGGAUACCUCCCAGUCAAAAUUGCAUUCUGUCAAGCGACACUUUGUGAAAUUAUUUACCAAGUUAUGAUGACAAUAUUGACCUCUUCGCAAUGGUUAAUAAACAAACUUUCUGUGGAUUUUUUUAUUGAUAUUUCAUGGAGAUGAAGUUUUGAAAGACUUGUCAGUACCGGUCCAGAUGUAAAGCCAAAGGUAAACGUCAUUAUUGAUUUUGAUAAGGUGCAGCAUAGCAAAUUUUAAACAUCGACAAUUGAAAAAAUGAGGGGAAUAUUGAUCUUCGAUCAUCUCAAUGACGUUCUGUUCACAAAAUGCAACCUGAAAUUUUCGAAACACGUACAAAAUCUGGGUAAAAUUCAGGGAUUAAUUCCGGACAACGAGGACGAAGAGCCAUGGCAACUCAGUGCAAAUGUGAUAAUGCAACUGUUUUCACCGGUUGUUACAUCACAACAGGUGAUGGCCUCGCAAUUUGGAAAUUCUUACACUUCCAUGCAGUGCCAGGACGGCACAAACAUGGUCUUCGAUGAUGCUAUGGGAUACACCUUCAUUUAUGUUUCCACUGAUGAUGUAGAGUUCAUGAAGAGAACACUCGGCAUUUGUGUUAUGAUUGUCAGUCAUGUCUGUGGACCUGACAUCGCUGCAUUGAAAUCAAGUAGACAAAAAGCAAGCCUCGUAUCUUCCCUCCUGGACGCUUGGAGGACGCUUCGUCAGAGUGAGCAGAGUAUCCUAACCGAGUCUGUCGAGCAACUAUCUGUUAACGCAGAUAUAGCAUCAACAAUGCUAAAAAUCCUGCACGACGCCUCCGACAAGCUGAGGACCCAGUCAGAGCUUUCAAAUGUACACGUUCUGGUACUGGUGGAGAACAAAUUUCUAUCCCUCUACUCUAGCAAAAAUGCACAGGACCUGAGAGCGGCCGACAUCCUCUUGAUGGUCCUAAUGUGCAGAGUCGUCACCAGUGAUAGUUCAAAAUCAGAUACUUUGGACAAUGAGCCAGACAUACUGUUGAGCCAGAGUCAUGGGUCGAGUGAUGAGGGAUCCCUCGAUAUUGGUGGAAAGCUGGCUAAUCCAACUUUAGCAGACAUUGGACACCUUUUCAAUGACACCAGGCAGUCGUCAAUAAAUGAGGGUCUGAAUUCUCUAGCUGAGGAUGGCCUCUAUAGUCAGCUGGUGCUCUUAGGGCCAGAGCAGAGCAGAACAGCCAAUGCUGUUCAUAUUUAUGAGAUAUCCGAGGGCAUUCAUCUGGUGAUAAUCUUGGAGGUGACAAAUCUGGGCAUAUCCUCGGGAAUUUACGAGAGUUUCUAUCAUCUCAAUGUGAUGAAUGGCCUUCAGCUGCAGAGGGACCUUGACGAGCUACGAAUAGCCUUCGACAAGUUCGAUAAUGCGAUCAAGAAAACAAUUGAUGGAAUCAAGAAAAAUCGUGGUCACGUGAGUAACGACGUGGAUAUGUGCCAGAGACGAUUGCAAGUCAAAUGGGAAUUUGUGAGGAAGAAGUACCUCGAGCUUCUCAAGUCCAGGGAUCCCGAGGUCAUUCUUCAAAUUGAAUCCAAUAUUUCUGGAUUCAUUGAGACCAUGAAGGAGCUGUUCAAACUCACUUGCUUCGGCAGAAACUUUUUGCAGCAGGCCAACGAUGUCAUUCUCACUGUUUGCAGACUUGUCAAGCAGAAAUUUACCGAUUUCAGUGGAUUUCUCAAGGUCAAGGCUCUGAAGAACUUCACCCUGAGAUCCAGAACUUCCUUGACAAUUAAUAAAUACCUGGAGGAGUUCCCAGGACUUGUGCAUUUUAUUUAUAUCGACAGGACCACUCACAGACUGACCGCACCCACUCUGGAUUUCACGAAUCCGGAAACACUGGCAUUGACCACUAAAAAAAUUUGGUCUAUGAUCGAUCACGGAAGAAGUCAUCUCCAGGAGGGACAUUUCUCCGUUAUGUGGAAGGAUACUACGUUUAAUUAUGCGUAUUUUUUGUGGUUUGAGGACAGUUCGGGCUCUCCACUAAAAUGCAAAACCUACUUCAACAAUGUGAUGAAAAAUUUUCCAGUGCCUGGAAUUUUAUGCGACGAUUAUUACAAAAAGUUGGGCCAGGCAUGUUUUCCAAAGAUUCCAGUCAACAAAAUACAAAUUUAUGAGCUCUACUGCGUUCACUUGGGACUCGCAACGUCCUCAUGUGUCCUUGAGCACUCGCGAAGACUUGCAGCUACAAUCUGGGAGGUUACUGGACUUCCCAACAACCCCGCUGAUCUAGUGUAGGUUUUUAUGUUGUCCUUUUUAUUAAUUUUUAUGUUUACUGAUAGUCCCGAAGGGACGAUUUUUUCAUACAUUUUUUAAUCACAUGUCUAUGAAAAACACAGUAUUUAUAGGCCAUUUAGUUUAUUAUCAACACUUUGUUAUUAAUUUUGUUUUUCUUUUCUCUCGUCAGAAAGCCAAAAAAAUUUAAUAAUGCAAAUUGUAAAUAAAUGAAUAAAAAACAAAUUGAAAGUACAAGUGAUGAAUAAACGGACU